AUGACUCACCACACAUCGUCCUCGUCGGACUCUGCGCGUCAUCGAGCAUUAUUAACCUCCUCCCACGUGGCCACCGCGCAGCAACACGUCAACGAUGCGCCACCGCCACUUGGCUCGCUUGACGACCCGGACUCGGACCAGGAAGAAGAAGCACCGGCGUCACGUGCCUACGGCGGCGGUGGUGAUGUCGUCGUGAUGCUCGGCCUGCCGCACGUCUUCACCGUCGGCUGCGAUGACAUCGCCGGCGGCGGCGGCGACGGCGGGCAGGCCGUCGUGCGCUGGGACGACGCCGCCGAGCAGCUCGUCGACGCGGGCCCCGACGACUUGCACGCCGUCACCGCCCCAGACGUGGAAAAGCUCUUGCCGUACCACGACCCGACGGCGGGUGGCGCGGACGAGGCGCGGACGGCGGGCGGCGAGCGCACCUGGGGCCAGCUGACGAGCGCCAUCACCGCGGAGCUGCUAUCGCGCGUGACCGGGCAGCGACCGCUACCCCAGCAGAGCGCCGUCUGGCACAUGAGCACCACGGACCGCGUCCGCGGCGAGCCGCCGCCAUCGGCCGCCGAGCUCGCCAUGGAGCGGCAAAUCGCAGGCACCGGGGGGCCGCCGCCGCCGCCUCCCCGCGAGCUGCGCUUCUCUCUAGACCAGCACGCCAAGACGUACUCCGCCGCGCGCCUCGGCGCCGACCGCACGCGCGACGCCACCGACGCCACCUCGUACCUUCUCUCCGCCCUCGACGGGGACGUCACGGAGGCGGACCUCGUGGGCGAGAUGCAGCUCGCGUUCCUCGCCGGCGCGCACCUCGGCAGCGACGCCUGCAUCGCGCAGUGGUUCCACGCCUCCGCGCGGCUCUUCCUCCGCGCGCACGCGCUCCCGCGGCUCCGGCCUUCCCUCGCAGCCGCGUGGCUGCGCGCGCUGGCGGCGCAGCUGGCGCACGGCGGGACGAGGCUGGAGGUGCCGCUGGGGGAGAUGCUAGGCGAGGCGCGGGCGCGGGAGCUGCGCCUGGCGCUGAUCGUGUACAAGCGGCGGCUGCAGGAGGAGGAGGAGGAGGAGCAGGGGGAAGGGAUGAUGGAGGUGGUGAUGGCGUUUGCGGGGGUGGAGGCGGCGGUGGCGGGGGAGGGAUGGGAUUGGGAUCUGGGGGCGGAGUAUGUGCGUAGGGGGAGGGUGGUGAUGGAGGACGGGGAGGAGGUAGAGCUGGAGAUGGAUGAGCUGCAGGCGGAGGACGAGAGGGGCGAGUGGGCGCCGGAGGUGGUUGAGCUGGAUGAGCAUGGGCGCGAGAAGGGGUUGAUCUCGUGGAAUGAUUAG